AUGGCAUCAGUAGCUUCAGCACGAUAUGGCAAGGACAACGUCCGCGUAUACAAGGUAGAGAGAGAUGAGCAAACUGGGACUCAAACUGUCACUGAAAUGACUGUUUGUGUAUUACUGGAGGGUGCUAUUGAGGCAUCAUAUACUAAAGCCGACAACAGUGUUGUGGUUGCAACCGAUUCUAUGAAGAAUACAGUCUAUAUAAAAGCGAAAGAGCACCCAGUCACCCCACCCGAGCUCUUUGCUGGCAUUCUCGGAACUCACUUUAUCGAUACCUACCCUCACCUUACCGCAGCCCACAUCAAGAUUGUCACUCACAGAUGGACACGGAUGACUAUCGAUGGCAAACCCCACCCACAUUCAUUUUACAGAGACGGGAGCGAGACACGAAAUGUUGAAGCUGUUGCCAAGAGAAACAAGAAUAUCGAUAUCCGUAGCGGAAUUGCUGGACUUUUGGUUUUGAAGAGCACUGGUUCGCAAUUCCACGGCUUCGUUAGAGACGAGUUUACCACACUUCCCGAGGUUUGGGAUAGAAUCUUGUCGACUGAUGUUGACUGUGGAUGGGCCUGGAAAACAUUUGCCGGAUUGGACGCUGUGAAAGAGGCCAUUCCAAAAUUCGAUAGAGCAUUUGAUGAUGCCAGAAAUAUCACCAUGAAGACAUUCGCCGAGGAGGAUAGCCCAUCUGUACAAAACACCAUGUACAAAAUGUGUGGCUCUAUUUUGGAAGCCGUUCCGGAAGUUGAGGCUGUGGACUACUCUCUACCCAAUAAGCAUUAUUUCGAAGUUGAUCUCAGCUGGCACAAAGGUCUCAAAAACACCGGAAAGGAUGCAGAAGUCUAUGCUCCUCAAUCCGGACCAAAUGGACUUAUCAAUGUCACCGUCACUAGAACUCCAGUCUCACCAAAGCUAUAA